GUGAGAGGAGAGAGAGAGGGCAGUGUCUUUGUCUCUCCUAUUUGAGCUGCUCGUCACUCCCACGCGGACAAACAGACAGAUAAUCUCCAUAAAAAUAUAAACAAAAUCACCCAAAUUUUCUCUCCCCUUCCUCCUUCUACUCCUCCAUCUUUCACUCUUUGAUUCAGACCCCAUGAAAACAUUUCCCAGCUGAAAGUUUUGAGCUUUUUCUGGAUUCUGUGUAACAAUUUCAAACAUCCAAUCUUGUAAUUUGGUUUUUCUGGGUUUUCUGCUUUGGCUUUCGGGAUGGUUUUUCUCACUCUCUUCUCUACAUAGCAUGAAGGUUCAAAGAUUUUGUAAUUUUUGGAUGAUUUGAAUGGAAGCUCAUAUCUAAGUCUAAAAACAAUUCCACCUUUUUGUCUUCUUUUCAGAUUUCUGCAGAUUUCACUGCCUUUUAUUUUUCCUCUCUUAAAACGCCAUUUCAGAUCCCCAAUAACCUUUUGGUUUUCCAGUUCCCACGAUCCAAUUUGGACUCAAAAUCUCAACAAAACGCUCCAAAUUCCACAAACUUUGGUUUUAUAUUUCGCCUCUUUUAUUUCACACUUUCAUCACAGAAAAGUGUUAAAAUUUCAGUCUCUUUUGGUCUCAAAUCAGACUUCACGAUUCGAUUUCUGACCCAAGAACUCUGAUUUCGUUUCUGAAAAACAAAACCCAGAUCACCAAAUCUUCCAUAUUUCCCAAACUUUGGUCAAAAAUAGAAACUUGGGGUCUCACAAAAUGCAGGACCCUGCAACUUUCCAACCCAUGAAGCCCCAGUUUCCAGAGCAAGAGCAGCUGAAAUGUCCGCGCUGCGAGUCCUCCAACACCAAGUUUUGCUACUACAACAACUACAACCUAUCGCAGCCGCGCCACUUCUGCAAGAACUGCAAGCGGUACUGGACCAAAGGCGGCGCUUUGAGAAAUAUCCCCGUCGGCGGUGGAAGCAGGAAAAACACGAAGAAGUCGUCGUCGUCAGCUUCGAAACGUUCCUCAUCGACUUCUUCAUCGUCACUGUCGAGCUCUUCAGCAGCAGCAGCUCAGAACCCGGAUCCGCAGCCCGACCGGACCCGGGCCUACGGCUCAAAAGUCGAUCAAGACCGCGGAGUGAUGGACUUCUCAGGGAGCUUCGGCUCCCUCCUGACUUCAAAUGGGCAAUUCGGGUCGCUUCUGGAGGGUCUGAAUCCAAAUGGGUCGGGUCUGAAACUGAUGCAAAUGGGUGAUUUUGGGGAGAAUUUGGAUGCUGCAGGUAAUGUGAUGAAUUCGGAUCCGGGUCCGGGUUUAGAGGGCCAGAGCCAUGGGAAUCCAGAGAGCUAUAUGGGGUUGCAAAAUGGUGAUCCUUCAACGUCAAGCUGUUGGAAUGGAGCCAAUGGGUGGCCUGACCUUGCCAUUUAUACACCAGGUUCAAGUUUUCAGUAGAUAUAUUAAAUAGAUUAUUAUGCUUUUAAUCUACUUUUCUUAAUCAUAAAUUUGGUAAUUGUGAUGAAAAGUGGAGCUGAAUUAUGACUCUAAACAAGCUUAUUUGAUAAGCUAAAAGCAGCUUCCAAAAGCUUAUUAUUUUCUGAUGUUAUAGAGGGUUUGAGAAAAAACACCAUAGAGCCAUCAUACCUUUAGCAUUCUAAUAUGUAAUGGUUUCUAUUUUCUCUCUUUUUGUGUGUUUUUCUGUUUGUAUCUGGUAUUAUAGCCUCUAAAAUUAUUGAUUUUGCGGAUUUUUCCGCUAGAGAGAUUCUAGUGUGUAAUCGGGUACGUAAUGAGAGAAAUAGAGACAGAGAUAUAUCCGGUUGCAUUCAAGAUUUGCCUAGGAGGCUCCUCUUAUUAAAGGAUGCAUGACUUUCUUUUAACUGUUACUCUCAUAAUAAUAUGGUUGUAUUUUACAAAAUCAUACCAUGUGCUAGUUGUAAUAAUUGUGCUAAGAGUUUGGUGCCUUCUUUGAUCUGGUAUGCAUGUUCUGUGAUGGUGUGACAUGUAUGUACUGUGUUUGUAAGUAUGUGUGGCUUUUUCUAGAUUGUGUUGAAUGUUGGAUUUAGACAUUUUUGUUGGCAAUGGCAUUGUUGCUAUCCACAUAAGAUUUGAUAUAUCCACAAAGGAUUUUGUUUGGAUAUAUACAUAGCAAUAUUUUCUUAUACAAGCGACUUGGGGGAAGAAAGACAUUAGGAUUACUCGUUAAUGAUCAAGUUUGAUGGAUUUGUCUUAUGAAACAAGAAAUUUCGUUCUUGGAGGGAUAAUAUCAACCACUUGACGUCCAUCCAAUGCAUCCGCCAGGGUUAUUUCGUACCCCCCCCUCUUUUUUCCUUUCGUAUUAUUUUACGUACUAUGAUCAUUUAUCAAAGAAUGAUUCUGGUUAUCAAAUGAAUGAACCAGGAGACUAAACACAAGAUCUCUUGUGCUAAGAUAUGUAUUCUCAACCACUUGAGCUAGAAGUCUGUUGUGGCACGCAAAUUUUCAUUGUAUCACAAAUGUAUCAUGAAAAAUACCUUUUUUGGUGAACAUUUAUUUGAAGAAAAAUUAAAAGCA